CGUCUGCUUAGGUCGCCGUGUCCGCCGCCCGCCCGCCAGCACCGCCCGCCCGCACCACCCGCCGACUCGACCGAGCCUCGACAGCCGCGUUGCAGCACGCUCCCUAUGGCUCAGGUACUUGCGCCCAUCUCCCAGUCGACCUCCCCCAUUACAAUGCCAUAUUCCCCCGACACCUUCCAAAAUGCGCCGUCGCAGCCCCACCAGCAACGCCAGCCCAUGCAGCGAAACUUCAGUGGCCAGCAGGGCGGCACAGGGUACAGGGGCACAUCGGCUCCGAUAGCACCCUAUGCCUUCUCCGCCACGCCCCAGCUGCGGCAGGACAACCGCGCUGCGCCGUCGCCGAACACCCAGGCCGCGCAGCAGCAACCUCCUGCUCGACAGCAAGCCCGGCUUGGCCACCCGACCCACCCCUCCUCUUCAUCCGACUCCACAGUGUCGACGUCCGGCUCUUCUAGUCGCUCGCUAGCGCAAGCCUCGAAAGACGACAACGAGAUCAAGCCAAUUGGGGACUUCACUGGCAUCACCCUGUCCUCCACAAUCCCCGACCUCUCCUUGUCCUUCGACGAAGCCCCGGUGAAAGCCUCGCCCGGCCGCUACAGGCGAGCUGCUGCAAGAACGGACUCGUCUGCUAGCAUAUCGACCGGUGGCUCCACACCGACGGCGACCAAGCGCUCAUCGAUAGCCAGCACGCCCACAAACUCGACUCACGAGCCAUCGGCUGCUGAAAGCGAUGUGACGCCGACCGGCAGACCCGGCCACAACCGGGCCAACAGUGCAGAUAACACGCUCGUUCAGGUUGGCACGCAAGAUUCUGCGAAGCGUUACAGGCGUCGUAGCUUUGCUGGCGUAGAAGGCAACGGCCAGGUUCCCGCCCCUUCUCUUGCUGGGACUGCCCCAGUGCAAACCUCAGCCCAAGGCACAGGGCGACCUGGGUCUAACUCUGGUCGUCCUGGCAGUCGGCCGGCGUCGAGCCACAGCCAUCAAAGGCAAGGCAGCGUCGGCAGCAUUCAGUCGAGUACGUCGAAAACAGUAGCCAACGGAGCCGCGGCAGCAUCAACACCCGCCAACGCUGCUGCGAAGACCGUAGAGCCUGCCCGUCGGACGGCACCAUCUCCUUUGUCACAACCCAUCUCCCCAGCCGAAUCCGCAGCGAACAAGCAGAUUGGCAGCGAAGCCAUGAAACAUCUCGCGGCCGUUAACGAGAAGGAUAAGGGAAUGAAGUCGCGUCUGAGGAGGGCCUUCUCUUUCGGCAGCGCUGCUGAGCUGCGACGUGCUUCUGCGGAGAAUGCUGUUGCAGCUGAACGUGCGAGACUGAGGAAAGACAAAUACCAGACCGACGAGGAUGCGGAACAGGCUGCCAUCAUUGCCAAGCAGGAAGCUGCUGGCAUCGGUGCCGGUAUCUACUCUGGUCAAGGUGGAAUGGGCUCAAACGACAACCUGUCCAUCCAGUCAGCUGCUUCCUCUGCGUCGGUGAUGCUCCGAAAGAUGGGUAGUGGGAUGAAGAAGGGCACCAGAUCCAUCAAGGGGCUCUUUCGACCGAAGUCUGUUAUCGGUGUGCCGGCUGCUGAUGGGCCCAUUGCAAGGCCCAGUGUUGGCCAGGUUUCGAUGGUGUCGGUCGAAGCAGAACGACAGAAGGUCAACGUCAACGCGAAGCCCCAUGAGCAAACCCGUGGUGGGACCGGAUACCCCAGGCUCGAGCGCAACUCGAUCGAUGCCGGCCAUACUGCAGAAAUUGUCAAUGCCGAUGGUACAUUAGCCAACGACAUUGCAAGGAAGACGAUUGUUGGUGGGGAGAACGAGCGUGCUGAGAUUCUUUCGAAUAUGAAGAAGGGCAUCCUGAAGCGCAACGGAACCAACUCAGACUCUGGGUCACCCACCAUGCGGCCUCUCGACGGACCGAAUCCAACAUUCGCGCUCAACGCACCGAUCACCCCGACUCACGAGAAGGGCAAGGCCAACAGCGACGACUACUUCACGAAACCCCCGAAGAUCACGAAUGGAAGCACGAGAAGCCUUCCAGUCACACCAGCAGGCGGUUCCAGGAAUAUUUCUUUCAGUCCACGUAUCCAAUUCCACGAUGCAUGGUCGCCUCACGAUUACGACCGCCGUGGAGACAUUGCGACUUGCAACAGGCUUACGCCCAUGCUUGCGCAGCAAAUUAAGGAGGAGCUCAACUCUUUCAAAAUGGAGAUGGAAGUCCACGAGGCGUCCAAACCUCAUACACAUUUCUUCUAAUGAUUAUGCAUCCACUUCUUGGACUGGCGUCUUGGCGAAUACCUUCCAGCCUCAGCACUUGGGAAUCGGAGCACACAGCAUUUACGAGUUGACCGUUGGCUCAAGUUCCGUUUUCUGGUUACGACGGAUUUGUCCUUUCCUGUCUUAGCGAGCAUUUACAACCAGUAGAGAAAGAAGCGUGGAAAAGGGAUCCUA